UCAGGAUGUCGCUCCGUAAGGAAGAUAAAUACCAAGUGCACGUAGUCAGCUUCAGUGUGUCCACAGCACUGCUUCGAGAGCGUGUCUCUGUAUAAUUGGAAGGGUACAUAAAACAGUACACAAAUAGUACACAAAUACUGGUUUGUGUAUGCAGAAAACUUUUGUGGAAACAACUAACUAGAAAUCUUCACAAAGGAAUACAUUCGCAGGGAGAGUGAAGAGGAACCUCCCUUAAGAUACACUACAGUCUGGUGACCAGGGGAGUCCUGCAACGUGGGACAUACGAGCUUGGCUCUUAUUUGGCGAAGGAGACGUUGAACUGCAAUAAUGAAUCAAACAGACAAAAAUCAACAGGAAGUCCCAUCGUACCUUCAUGAUGAUCCACCAGAAGGUUCGUUAAAAGACCACCCGCAGCAGCAAGCUGGCAUGCUUUCUCGUGUGACUGGUGGCCUCUUCAGUGUCACAAAGGGAGCGGUUGGUGCCACGAUUGGGGGUGUUGCUUGGAUUGGAGGGAAGAGCUUGGAAAUUACUAAAACAGCAGUCACAUCUGUGCCUUCAAUGGGAGUGGGGCUAGUCAAAGGAAGUGUUUCUGCUGUAGCUGGAGGUGUUACAGCUGUAGGAUCUGCUGUUGCAAGUAAAGUGCCUUUAACAGGAAAGAAAAAGGAUAAGUCUGACUAAAAGCAAAACUGAGACAUACUUGAUUUUCCAGAAUACUACAUCAGUGGCAUUAAAAUCUGCUGAGAUUUGGACCAUGAGAAGCCAUGUGUCUUAGACACUUUAUCUUCUAGAGAGUUGUGCAAGUGACUCGAUUUCAUCUGCAAAGGAGAGAAGAAGCUUGGCUAGCCCGGCGUAUGAAGAUUUAUUAGAGCCUAGAUUGAAGCUUUGUAUCUGGUGAAAUGUUACACUUGAUAACUAUAGAAGCGAGUACCUGUAUCUGAAGGGAUAAUACAUAUUUGAAUAUUCAUUUACUGUAAGUGUUUUGCAGUUUUGUACUAAAAUGUGAACAUAAACUUGGUAGUCUCUGCAGUACCAUCAAUUUGACGAGAUGCCAUUUACUGUUCUCAGUGGUUUCCACAUUCUCCUGGUAAGGAUCCCUCAGCUGCGUAAUGGUAUUGUUGGAUGUACCUGAAUAAUUUCAGUCAUGAAAAUGGAUUUGCAGACAGGUGGUAAACGGCCGGUGACUGCGCUCUACCAGUACAGACAGGAGCAAAUGGAACCAGAGGUGUGCAGAAAUUGUGAGAGUGGGAGAUAGAAGUGAGGAAGUUUGACAGCGUGGUAGAAGGGAUCAUAAAGAGUAUGCUACCUUAAUGCCUUAUUAGAAAAAAAAAAAAAAAAAAAAAAGUCAACAAACUUUAACUAGGUGAAGCUGUGGAAAGAACUUGUCGUUCUGGAGCAGUUCAUGAGAAUGAGCUUUAGACUCUUUACGAAUCCUGGUAUCUGAAACCUUGUCAGUUUUUACUGAAAACAAGCUUGCUCCAUCUCAGGUGUAUUUAAUGAUAUGCAUCUAUCUCCUGCAAGUGAAAACUUGCUUCUAAUAAACUUCUUAUAGACACCAGAAAAAGUGAUGGCUUAAUGGAAGCUGGGCUGAUGUUUGUGGUCAUCACAGCUGUCUGACUUCAAAGAAAUUCCUUUGUGUAGUUGGAAACCACUGAAAAACUAGCAAAGCUGUUGUCCCAACUUCACGAUGCGCCAGGUUAGCUUCUUGCUCUGUUUCAGCAAAUGCAAGGAAUUUUUCACUACAUCUUUCUCUCAUAUUUUGCAUUUUGAUUUUUGAGUAAAAUGCGAUGUUUUAUUUAAAACAAACCAAAAAGGGUAGAUGAGGCCUUAAAAAAAAAAGGGAGAAACAUCAUCCAAGUAAAUUGUAUACUGACAAAUUCCAAACAUUGACACACCUCAGAUGGGAACAGCUGUAGGUCCUCUGCAGUGUGUGAAGCAAAAUGCACUUGUAAUGACACAGCUUGAGGUUGCCUUAAAAUAGCUGUUGCUGAUUAUUUUUUUUUUCGUGUGUGUGUGUGUGUACUGACUUUGCAAAUAAGUAACCUCUUUGGAAGCCCCUAGAAGAACGCUGUGAAUGUUGUGUAUGCAGUAUUUUCUAAAAACUCUUGUUUCCACAGAGAACUUCUAAGCACAUAAACAUACUUUUUCAGUGGCUGUGGUUGUACAAGAAGGAUAUAUAGGGAGACUUUUUAGAAAUUGAAAAAAAAAUCAGAACGUAUCACUCUUCUAAAGCUUAGUCCUAUAUUCAUGGGUGUUGAAAGUACACUGUGUGUAAAUUAUGGUACAGUAGUCACCUAGUCUUUCUGAGCCAUUGGCAUUUCAACUGCACUCUGGAACAACUUUAUAUGAUAUCAGUAAUUGUAUAUGUUGGUAGUAUGGUAUUUGUAAGCACUGGGAUUUGGGGCAGUGGGAAGAACAAAAACCCCAAAAUUGGCAUUAUCUGCUCCUUUUGUUAGAUGCACCGGCUGCUUAGCUCCAGUAUGCUGCAAGGGUGUGAUGAGGUAAGUUUAUGCAACAGAUGGAAGACUUGAACUGUUUUUUUAUAAUCGAAAGCUGAUUGCAAUAGAAUGUAGUGUAGUUUAAGGAUUCUAGUUAGCUCUAGAAAUGAGCUAGCUUGGAUAUUGGAGACAAACCAGCUACAGCAAAUGGUUUGGCACGGUCUGUUCCCCUGCAGUUUCCAAUGCAGACAUAUCCGCAGAAUGCUACCACUGAGCUCUUCAGAGUCACCCGUUUGGAGCAUAGUGAUAUUUGUAACACCCAACCAAACCCUUCCUAAUCGUUGGUCAUACCCCUUUUUUUAUUACAGUCUCUAAUUUUUCUACUAUGAAACUUGCUGCAAAACAAGUGUGGUCUGAGGUAAGCAAUGUUAGAUCUGUAAAGAGCUGCCAACACUUCAUUAUGUUUUGUUCUUGACAUAUCCAGUAGUUAUUACUUCUGAAUCUUGUAACUGAAACACUUUCACGUGGCAUAUGGUUUUAGUUUUCGAAAAGAGCUUUGUCCUAUAUCCUGCAUAUUUUUACAUUCCCUUAUGAAACUUGCUUCGUCUUAAAAACUUGUUCUGAUUCUCUCCUGACACUUGUGAAACAUUAAAUUGUUGCUGUUUCAGACA